AUGUACGGGGAACAGCAACGGAACGUCGCCCGCUGGCUUCAGCAGGGUGCUCAUCCCACACCUACUACACAGGCUCCCCCGUAUUCUGGACCAGGCAACGACAAGGCUCAAACCCAUGCGAAUAUACGUCCAGUCAGCGCGUACCCGAGUCGGGUGCACGCUACAGGAUUGCCGGUCAGGCAGUUCUCGGGUGACUGGAAGCCGAAGUGGGAGGUGUUCCCGCUGAAGGCGUUCCGCGGCUCGAGCUAUAAGUAUCUGAAGAUUACGAAAGACUGGGACGACGCGGCGCUGUUGAAGGAGCUGAGUCGCUCCUAUAACGAGCUGCGGACAAUUUGGAGGAAGUGGUUCUCGCUGAGGAGUGUCCGGUACGCAUGCUUGCUUCGUGCAGACCACACCUGCGUCUACCCCCGCCGCUUCGGCCCCGCAGCGGUCAGCCCGUCCAAAAACAUGCGCCUCCGAUACUUCCUGCGCCACCCCGAGGUCCUGAAGGGCCGACACGAGUUCAUGCAGGUCCUCACCGCGCGCACCGACCUCGGGAUCGAGUUUGUCGAGGGCUGGCAGCUCACGCGCAUCGCCAUCGCGGUCCUCAUCCCCGUGCUCGCGUCGCUCCUCCUGGCGGUGUUCUACUCGGUCGUCGCGCAGGACGUGUCUGGCGCGUUCACGAUUGCUGGUUAUAUGACCUCGGCUUAUUCUGUAUGCCUCGUGCUGCUCGGGGUGCUCAACUUUGUUGAGCUGUAG